AUGACGGACACCACCGCCGUGAAUCAGGCGUAUUUCAACCAGCUUGCCGCAGAGUACGACUCAAGGUUCGAGAAGACGGUGGGCAGGCUGGAGAAGGAGGUGAGGGGGCUGGUCGACUUCAUUGGCGCUCCGGAGGGCGGCCGCCUGCUGGACUAUGCCUGUGGCACGGGGCUUCUAUCGAGGGCUCUCGGAGAUGGCAUGAGCCAAUGCGUCGGCGUCGACGUCUCGGAGAGCAUGGUCGAGCUCUACAAUGGCAAAGCAAAGAGCCAGGGCUUCACUCCUGAGCAGCGCGCGGCCUACGUCGGCAACCUGCUCGACCCGGCCGACGUCUCCCCCGUGGCCCUCUCGGGCUCGCGAUUCUCGGGCUUCGAUGUGGCCGGCGUUGGCGCGGGCUUCCACCACUUCGAUGACCCGUACCUCGCGGCGUCACGCCUCGCGGACCGCCUCCGCCCCGCGGGCGGCGUGCUCUUCAUCCUCGACUUCGUGGCUCAUGAGGCGGACGCGAGCGACCGUGAGGCCAUUGCCAGGGGCGGCGUGCGGCACCACGGCUUUGGCGAGGCGCAGAUGCGCGACGUGUUUGAGUGCGCGGGCGUAGGCAAGGGGUUCGAAUUCCGCGUCAUGGAUGAAGACGUGGUGUUCGAGAAUGCGCGCGGCAUGGGCGAGCACAUGACGCGUAGGGUGUUUUUCGCUAGGGGCGAACGCGCCUGA